AUGGAUGAUGGCAGCUCCUUUGGUGACGAAGAGUUUUUAAAGGAUGUCAUUUCUUUACAAAUUAGGCUCAUUGUUUCCUGGGAAACAAAUUCAUUGGUUGUAAAGAUCAGCCAAAAGGAUAAUGCGGUUGCUUCUUUUAAGAGAGCCUACAUUUUGUUUAGUUCAGACCCUGAGCCACUGCAUAUUUGGGACUUCUCAGGGCAGACAACCCAGUUUUUCAUGAAUGGCAGAAUUAGUUUGCCAAAUGACAUUCCUGGACAACUGAACAGAGAGGUUCUCCUUGAACUGUAUCUUCAUGGAUUCUCAGAGGUCAGAGGUUGGAGGAGUGAUGAAAUGGCUGAAAACCACUUCAGUAUUGAUGGUUGUAUUAGUGGCGGCUCUAAUAAAAUGAACGGAAGCAGUGACUACAUCAAUCCCUACUUAAACUCAAGCAACUCCUGGCGAAGUGGUGUUAUGUAUAGAGGAGCUGGCUUUUUAGGCUUAACUGGAAUAAAGAAUCUUGGGAAUACUUGUUUUAUGAACAGUGCAAUCCAAUGCUUGGUGCACACUCCAAAGCUUGUUGACUAUUUCCUAGGAGAUUACCGGAAGGACAUGAACUACCAGAACCCUCUGGGAAUGAAAGGAGAGCUGGCUUUUGCAUUUGGAGAAUUAUUGAGGAUAUUAUGGGCUCCCAGUGCAAGGACAGUGGCUCCAAGAAUGUUCAAGCAAAAACUUGCCAGUUUUGCUCCUCAAUUCAGUGGCUAUAAUCAACAUGAUUCCCAGGAACUCCUUGCUUUUUUGCUGGAUGGUCUCCAUGAAGAUCUAAAUCGUGUGAAAUGCAAGCCAUAUUUUGAAGCUAAAGAUGCAGAGGGUCGUCCAGAUGAAGAAGUGGCAGAAGAAUAUUGGCAGAAUCACCUUGCUCGCAAUGAUUCCAUUAUUGUUAAUGCUUUCCAGGGUCAAUACCGGUCGAAAUUGGUUUGCCCUGAUUGCAACAAGGUGUCCAUCACAUUUGACCCUUUUAUGUAUCUAUCACUGCCAUUACCUUCCACAACAACGCGAACCAUGACUUUGACGGUUUUAAGCACAGUUGGUGCUGCAUUGCCAACUACAUUUACCGUAACAGUGCCAAAGAGUGGGAAGCUUGUGGAUCUUACUGACGCCUUGAGUAUUGCCUGUUCUCUAAGAGAUGAUGAAACCCUGUUGGUGGCUGAGAUAUUCCGAGGUCGCAUAUUUCAUUUACUGGAGGAUCCAGCUGAUUCAUUAGCCUGUGUCAGAGAUGCUGACAAACUGGUUGCUUAUCGCUUACCAAAAGAUUUUGAGCGAUCCCACUUAGUUGUGUUUCUUCAUCAGGAGAAGGAAAAGUUAUACUUGAAUCAGGACCCAAUUGGUAUUCCGUUUUUAGCAAUGGUGUCUGAUCCUUGUUAUGGAUCUGAUAUUCGCAACAAAUUCCUAAAUAAUCUAAUUCCAUUCUUGAAGCCUGAUGGAGAUAUAUCAGACAUUUUUGAUGAUGAUUCUGGAAACUGUGCUAACGAAGACUAUAACAAGGAGGAUGACAGUAGUCCUACACUUUGGGAUAAUGAUUCUGACACAGACAGGGGAACAGUGGGUGAAGCACAUGUGGAUGGUGAUUUCAAAUUUUACAUGGCAGAUACAAGAAAGGAAAUAGAGAUGAAUCAGCUGAUAGUGGUCUCAGCGUUGCCUGUGAUACCAAGGCCUAACAUACCGGAGGUGAUUGUUAUAUGGUCGGAUGAGAUGAUUAACAAGUAUGAUACACACCUUAUAACCUCUUUGCCCGAGGUUUUUAACAUUUUCAUGAUGAGUGAAGAAUCUGUGUCUCUUUACAAAUGCCUUGAAGCCUUUCUGAAGGAAGAACCUCUAGGACCUGAAGACAUGUGGUUCUGCCCUAGCUGCAAGACGCCUCGGCAAGCGAGCAAAAAGUUAGAUCUUUGGAGAUUGCCUGAGAUAUUGGUUAUUCAUCUAAAAAGAUUCUCAUACGACCAUUAUUUUAAGAACAAGCUAGAGACUCUGGUUGAUUUUCCCCUUUAUGAUCUGGAUAUCUCAGCCUACAUUACCCAAUGCAGAGACCAGUUAUCCAGUCGAUACAUGUUGUACGCAAUCAGUAAUCAUUAUGGUGGCUUGGGUGGUGGUCACUAUACUGCAUUUGUUCAGCUAGGUAAGGGUUCAUGGUAUGAGUUUGAUGAUGACAGAGUUUCUGCUGUUCAUGAGGAGAGGAUUAAGACUUCGGCGGCGUAUGUUCUUUUCUACCAAAGAGUACCAGAUGUAUAGACCUAUCACAAUUGUAUAGUUCAGUAAUGAUUGGAAAGCAGUUAGAGAGAGGAACAACACCCUGCUUAGAUGAGAGAUGUAGAGAAGGAAAACAAAUGGUUCAUGUUGUAUAGCGUGAUUAGCGUCUGGUGUCAGUGCAAGAGCCAUAAUAGCAUUUUUUUAGAAAGGAAGGGUCAUACUAGCAGUACUAGAGGCGGCGGCAUAGAAGCAUCAUUUUGGGAAGGGGAAGAUAUUAUCACUUCUUUGGUUUUUGUUUUAGAUGUAUAUAUUAGAGGCGGCAUACAGGCAAACGUUGAAAUUACAUGAACUGCAGUAGGCAUGUCUUCCCCCUUUUUAUUAGUAUUUUGUUAUGGUGCUUAUUUGUCU